AUGUUAUUUGUGAAAAAGAAGGAUGAGUCACUAUGCCUAUGCAUUGACUAUAGGGAGUUGAACAAAGCAACAAUCAAGAACAAGUACCCUUUUCCUAGGAUUGAUGACUUAUAUGGACAUUAUGAGUUCAUUGUAAUAUGGUUUGGCCUGAAAAACGCCCCGACAAUGUUUAUGGACCUAAUGAAUAAGGUAUUCAAGGAAUUUCUUGCCACUUUUGUGAUAGUUUUUAUGGACAUUAUCUUGGUUUACUCCAAUAUGGAGGUAGUGCAUGAGAGUUAUCUGCAAAAGGUUUUGGAGACUCUAAGGGCGAAUAAGUUAUAUGCCAAGUUUUCUAGAGUUUUGGUUGAGAAGUUGGUUUCUGCUCUAGUUCUUACAAUACUAGAUGGAUCAGGAAGUUUUGUUAUCUACAGUGAUGCCUCCAAGAAAGGUGAAGACCUUGAGACGGAAGCCAACAUGCUUCUUGCAACCUUUGAGCCUACCAGAGUGGAAAUGGAAAAAUAUGUCGAUGGAUUUCAUAGCAGGAUUACUACAGACAGCAAAGGACUGUUUGAUUUCAGCAUAACUUUUCACCCACAGACAGAUAGGCAAAUGGAGCAUUUGAGCGAAAAAUUAGAUGAUAUGCUACGCACUUGUGCAUUGGAGUUUUCAGGGAGUUGGAACUCUCACUUGCACUUGAUCGAGUUUGCUUAUAAUAACAAUUAUCAGGCUACUAUUGGCAUGUCACCAUUUGAGGCCCUAUAUGGGAAGGCUUAUAGAUCCUCUAUUUAUUGGGAUGAAGUUGGUGAACGGAAGUUGUUGGGGUCCGAACUAGUGCGGACUUCAAAUGAAGAAAUAUAG